AACCCAUCCUCCUCGCUAUCUUUCAACAUUCUCUCUCUCUCUCUCUCUCUCUCUCUCUCUCUCUCUCUCUCUCUCUCUCUUUCUCUCUCUCUCUCUCAGAGGAGGUCAUGAACAUGAACAGAGAAGAACACUCGGCAUACUGCUGUUUCCACCCAAAAGAGAUCCAUGUAGGGGUAUGCCCGCUUUGUCUGAACGAGAGGCUUCUUGUGUUGGCAUCGAAGCAAAAGAAGCACUCUUCGGCUUCAUCUUCUUCGUCAUCAUCCUCUGCAAGAGGAAGCAACAAUCUCCGACUCCCAAAGAUCUUCGCCUUUGGUUCUUUCCUCAACCUUCUCGAUCUCCGUCACCGGAAAUUCGAUCUUUCCGGCGACCUAGACACCUCUACCAGCCAGGAAGAUUCAUUUAUUUCAAUAAAAUUCGAAGACAAUGGGAACGCGUCAUGGGAGAAGAACACAGUGUCUAAAGCCUCUCUUGAAAACAUCAACAACAAGUCAUGGAAUAAGCACCAACACCAUCCAUUGAUGGAGGAUACAAGCAAGAGUGUGAUUGAGCAUCACAAGGCCAGGUCAUCGCUGAGGUGGCGCAAGAGGAUUGGCCACCUCUUCCACCUCAUCAGGCUCAGAGGGUCCACUUCUUGCCACGUGGCGUCCAAGGUGGAGGGAGUCAAGGUGAGAAAACUAGGUUGGGUGGCGAGGACCUUAACAAGGAGGAAAACCAAAAAGUAAUAAACUUCCCUUAAGAUUGGUUUUCAAUUAUUUCUCUCUCUCUCUCUCUCUCUCGGUGUUUAUCUUAUCAACAACUGAAACUCGGGAUUGUGUUGAUUAUAUACAUAUAUAUAUAUAUAAUGAAAAUGUAAAGAAAGGGACAAGAGAAUCAUAUCUCUUUGUAUGCAUAAUGCAUGUGGUCUGAUAAAGCUAAAUAUGUAUAGUUGAAAGAUAGAAGGGUCAAUAUAGCCUUUACCAUA